AUGGAGAUAGUGAGUAAUACAAACACCGAAAAACAGGAACCUCAACUAUUUAAUUCUAUUGCGAUUGUAAGAGUUCCUGUAAAACACACAAAUUUAGGCAUCAGGAGUCAUGCAAUGGACAUGAGUACCAUGGUUGAACUCACAUCAUUUAGUUCUCUUGGUAAAAUUCAACCGUUUUUAGUAACGAUUUCUACUACGGCAGCUUUAAUAGUAGAUUUACAUUGUCAUCUCACAGACAAGGAGGUUUGUGGAUAUCUCGGUGGGCAUUGGGAUAUAAAUGCUCAUAAUUUGGCUAUUACGAGUGCAUUUCCUUGCCGAUAUGCUGGUAAAGAUAAAACAGCGGCUGGAAUGGUUGAAGCUGAAAUCGCAAGAGCUAUGGAAUGGCAGCGAGUAACUUUAGUAGGAUGGUAUCAUUCGCAUCCACGAUCUCACGCAUCACCAUCAUUAAGAGAUGUUGAUUAUCAACUUGAUUAUCAAAUAAAAAUGAAAGGUCCUAGUGAUAAUGGAUAUACUCCGUGUGUAGGCUUGAUUUGUUCACCUUAUAAUGCUGAUGGUAAUUGUUAUGAAUCUAAUUUCAACAUCUUUUGGUCGAUGCCACCACCUGAAAAUCGGCCUCACGAGUAUCCUCGCCCAAUGUUGCUCAGUUAUACAAUAUCACAAGAAUCAUUUUUAUCUCAAGAUGCACUUGAUGAAAUUAAAAAAUGUAUCGAGUAUUAUAGAAGUGAAGGAGGUAUUAAUUUCAAGUCAAAUUUCAACAGUACCACAACUUAUUUAGAAAGGUUACGAAAUUCUUUAGCAUCAAAAUUACCGGGUCGUAGUCGUGGUAAUGAUACUGGAUAUUGGGAAGUAAUUAAAAAAAUGAUUCUUCCGGAUUCAUCAAUAGAAACUAGAUCAGAUGCUUUUAUUACUGUCCAGUUUCCACCUCUCGGGAUGAAUGAGUCUUUAACUCAGACCGCAUCUGGAUUAAGUAAUAAUAAUGUUUUUCUUACCCCCGUAGCUUUCAAGUCAGAUAACAGCAUUAUGACUCCUUUACCCAAGUUUGAAUCUCAACCAUCGACAUCUUCUCGUGAUUGUAAAAAAGAAGUUAUCGAUGAAUCAUUAAAAGAUAGUCGGUUAUAUACAAAAAUAGACAAACCCGAAAUUCCACCAACUUUUAAAUCAGGCGAGCUUACAGUUUCAGUAAAAACUGUUAACAAACUGGAUGUUGAACCACCGACAUCUAUAGACUUUUCCAAACUGACGGGUCCCCUCUCUAUAGAAGUAUUAAAUAAGAUGCGGUCAAGUUUUACAUCAGAUUUUCCUCUUCCUGAUUUUUCACAACAAAUGACACCGUUGCCAAAUUUAAGUAAAUUAGCUAAUUUUUCUUCUGCUGAUCUUGCUAAACUAUCAGUAUUUCCUUUAAACGAAAUAACUAAAGUUUCACCAAAUAUGUACAAUCGAAAUAUUGCAAAUUUAUUUAGUUCUAAUAAUAAAAGUAGUUCUACUAAUCCAUCAAAAGAUGUAAUCGAUCGGAAAAAUGACUAUACACCAGGUGAAAACAUUCCACUUACUUGUUUCAACCUAGAUCCAUCUAGAAUUGAUAAUUUAGUAGAUCGAAAAAAAACUUUAGAGUCUACAAAUGAUAACAUGAAAUCAAAACGGCCCACUAAUUUUUCUGUUGCUGAUGAGCUCUCAAUAUCAAGUGUUCGUCCAGACUUUGGAGCGAUGUUAGAUAUGUCAAUGAUACAUGGAAAAAAUAAUCAAGCUUCAACAUUGAAUGACUCAGGUGAAUCCUUGAAUCUUUCGAAAGAUCGUUCAUAA